UGAUGACAUCAAUGGGUGUGUCAUUAUUUCGGCGAGGAAGUGGAGUGCAGCAAUGGAGAAUGCAAUGGAAAAGGAUACAUCUACAGAAAAAAAUGGACUGAAAACAAUUAUCUGCAGGAACAGAACAGAAGCUUGCAGGACGAGGUGGCGAUGGAGCCUCUGAGCAUCCCUGUGGUGUUGGUUAUCCUCAGCAGCUUCCUCGUCUCUCAGUGGAUCUUUCACGUCGCAUGCCCGUGGCUGUCCGAGCGCCUCAUCCCAGCUUUCCUCACACUCACACACAUGCAGAGGACAGAAUGGAGCUCUAGGGCUGUCUCUACAGUUCAUGCUUUGGUUGUAGGACUUUUUUGUCUCUAUAUAUUACUUUUUGAUGAAGCUAUCAAGAAAGACCCCAUUUGGGGAGAUCCGACACUGGUGAAACUGAAUGUGGGCGUAACCACAGGCUACCUCAUCUCAGAUCUGCUGCUUAUGAUCUGCUUCUGGGAUUUCAUAGGAGAGAAGUAUUUUGUCAUACACCACCUUGCUGCUCUUUAUGCCUAUUAUUAUGUACUGAGUCAGGGAAUAUUGCCCCAUUUUGCCAAUUUCCGUCUGCUUGCUGAAUUUUCCACUCCCUUUGUGAACCAGAGGUGGUUUCUUCAGGUUCUGGGCUACCACAAGCUUUCCAAAGCCAGCUUUGUUAAUGGGGUAGCCAUGGCAUCCUCCUUUUUCCUGGUGAGGAUCGCAAUCAUUCCAGUCUACUACAGCCAAAUGUACAGUGUGUAUGGCACCAAGGCCUUCUACAGACUCACACCGGGGGCUCGCUGUGCCUGGAUUCUCUGCAGCCUCUGCCUCGACAUCAUGAACAUCAUGUGGAUGCGCAAGAUCUUUCGGGGUUGCAUCAAAAUUCUAUACUCCAGCAGAUCUCAAAAACCAGUGAUGGAAAUGGAGAAGCCAAAAAUUGACUGAGACUGAGAAAGUUAAGCCUAGUCAACUUUUACUGGUGUGUCAUCCUUAUAGACAAAUACUGUGAUAUUAAAUAUUAAGCCUCCAGGAAGGACCAUGAAGGUGCAUGUAAGACAAUACAGGGUUUCUCUACUUGGGCCUACAUAAAGAGCAAAUAGCAAGCAUUUUGUAGGUGUGUAGUUACUGACUGGAGCCCAUGUGUUGACAUGAACAAACUGUCAGUCCUUCUUUCCUCUAGUCAUCAGUGGAAAGAAAUGACAAGACUUUACAUUUUCAAUAUAGUUCUUUUACAUAUUGCUUGUCGAAUCUAUGUAUCUGAAUGUGACUACACUCAGGAGAGCAAAGCAAAAAACAGUGU